AUGAGCAAUCAUACUGCUGCUUACAUAAUACCGAGAUAUAGGGAGGUGAGGAGGAACACCCACGAGAAGGAGCUCAUCAUAAUAACAAUGCCAACCCCACUGAAGGGAAGUGAUGUUGUUCACACUCUCAAUGCUAACUGUAGCUCCUCCUAUUCCUCUCGGCCCCUAGCUUCGGUGAACAAGACUUUCUUGAACCCUAUUCCUUUUGUCAUGGAUAGCGGUGAAGACUACCUUAGUCAAGGCAUAUACACUAACACCAUUCACCAAGGCUACGAGGCCAUAGACCUUCCCACCUGUGUGCUCCGUCCCGACGACCAACGCAAGCAUUUACCGACCCCAUUGAGAUAUUAUGGUGAAUUCGCUAAGGAAUUCCCAUCGCGAUGGUGGUUCGUAGCUGAGAAGCCUUUCUAG